AUGAGUUUCUAUUACACUGCUGAGAACAUCCGCAUUGAAGACGGCCACAUCCUCAGGGCUCGUCUCCAAACUGCUGACGGUAACUGGAACGACUCCGAGAUCGACCUCAAUUCGUUCAUCGGCAACGACAAUGGUCACUUUGUUUGGGAAGGUGAGGGCUUUGCCGGUUCAGCGGAAAACAUUCAUUUUGCCUUGGAAGGUGAUGGUGACGUUCCCGUCCUCCGCGCCGAUUUGAGGGAUGUCGAUGGCAACACAGAGAGUCGUGACCUCAACCUGGGUGAGCGUAUCAGCAACGAAAACGGUCAAUUCCAAUUCAGUUAG